AUGGCACCCAACGGCACCGUCUCGGCGAGCCUGUCUCCCUUCGGCGUCGCCAGGGCGACGGUCAACGAGAAGCCGCUCUCUGAGGAUGAAAUCCGCAAAUAUGAUGCCUACUUCAAGGCUUCCAUGUACCUCUGUCUGGGCAUGAUCUACCUGAGGGAGAACCCGCUUCUACGUGAGCCACUAAAACUGUCGCACAUCAAGGCACGUCUUUUGGGGCAUUGGGGCUCCGAUGCCGGUCAGAGCUUCACCUACAUCCACUUCAACCGCUUGAUCAAGAAGUAUGAUCUGGACACCAUCUUCAUCUCCGGCCCCGGCCAUGGUGCGCCGGCUGUACUAUCCAAUGCUUACUUGGAGGGCACUUACACCGAGACGUACCCGGAUAUCACCGAAGACGUCGAGGGCAUGCGCCGCUUCUUCAAGCAAUUUUCCUUCCCCGGCGGUAUUGGCAGCCACGCCACUCCCGAGACCCCCGGCAGUAUCCACGAGGGUGGAGAGCUCGGCUACGCCAUCUCCCAUGCCUUCGGCGCCGUCUUCGACCACCCCGACCUCAUUGCACUCACCAUGGUUGGCGAUGGCGAGGCUGAAACCGGUCCUCUCGCAACCAGCUGGCACAGCACCAAGUUCCUGAACCCCAUCAACGACGGUGCUGUUCUUCCAGUCCUGCACUUGAACGGCUACAAGAUCAACAACCCCACCAUUCUCGCUCGUAUCAGCCACGACGAGCUCGAGGCACUCUUCCGGGGCUAUGGCUGGGAGCCGUAUUUUGUCGAGGGUAGCGACCUGGAAUCCAUGCACCAAGCGAUGGCCUCCACCCUUGAAACCUGCGUGGGCAAGAUCCGUGAAUAUCAGAAGAAAGCACGUGACAGCGGCGAGGCAUUCCGCCCUCGCUGGCCCAUGAUCGUCCUGCGCACUCCCAAGGGCUGGACGGGUCCGCGCAAGCUCGGUGACCACUUCCUCGAAGGCUUCUGGCGCUCUCACCAGGUUCCCAUCACUGAUGUGCACGCAAAGCCCGAGAGCCUCGCCAAGCUCGAGGAGUGGAUGCGGAGCUACAAACCGGAUGAGCUUUUUGACAAAGAGGGCAGACUGAUUGAGGAGCUGAGAGAGCUUGCUCCACAGGGCAACAGGCGCAUGUGUGCCAACCCUGUCGCCAAUGGUGGACUUUUGAAACAUAAGCUCAAGGUUCCUGACUUCCGUGCCUUCAAAUUCGACGUUCUCAAGGCGGGCGUGUCUGAGGAUGGCUCGAUGAACCGCUUCGGCACAUUCCUGCGUGAGGUUGUACGGAACAACAUGGAUCGCUUCAGGAUCUUCGGUCCAGACGAGACACAGUCAAACAAGCUGGAUGCUGUUUAUGAGGCUGGAAAGAAGGUCUGGCUCGGCGACUACUUUGAAGAGGACGCCGAUGGUGGCAACCUGACGUUCAACGGCAGGGUCAUGGAGAUGCUCAGUGAGCACACGGUCGAAGGCUGGUUGGAAGGCUAUAUCCUGUCUGGUCGUCAUGGCCUGAUCAACAGCUACGAGCCGUUCAUCCACAUCAUCGACUCCAUGGUCAACCAGCACUGCAAGUGGAUUGAGAAAGCCAGCGAGGUUGCGUGGCGCCAGAAGAUCGCCUCGCUCAACAUUCUCUUGACAGCUACUGUGUGGCGCCAAGACCACAACGGCUUUACUCACCAGGAUCCUGGAUUCCUGGAUGUCGUGGCAAACAAGAGUCCCGAGGUCGUGAGGAUCUACUUGCCCCCGGAUGCCAACUGUUUGCUGAGCGUGGGAGACCACUGCCUCCGGUCAUCGAACUACGUCAACGUCAUCGUUGCCGACAAGCAGAACCAUCUCCAAUACUUGGAUAUGGAGGCUGCCAUUGCCCAUUGCACAAAGGGUCUCGGUAUCUGGGAUUGGGCCUCGACCGAUGCCGGCGAGGAGCCCGACGUCGUCAUGGCCUGCUGCGGCGACGUCCCCACGCACGAGUCGCUCGCGGCCACGGCGCUCCUCCGCGAGCACCUGCCGGGCAUCAAGAUCCGGUUCGUCAACGUGGUGGACCUGUUCAAGCUGAUCCCGGCGGCGGAGCACCCGCACGGCUGCACGGACGCCGAGUUCAAGGCCAUCUUCACCGACGACAAGCCCGUCAUCUUCAACUUCCACAGCUACCCGUGGCUGAUCCACCGCCUGACGUACAAGCGCAAGGGGCAGCGCAACCUGCGCGUCGUCGGCUACCGCGAGAAGGGCAACAUCGACACGCCGCUCGAACUGGCGAUCCGCAACGGCACCGACCGCUUCAGCCUCGCCAUCGACGCCAUCGACCGCAUGCCGCACCUCGGCAACAAGGGCUCAGCCGCGCGCGAGUCUCUGCUCAACCAGCAGAUUGGCGCUCGGAACUACGCCUUCCAUGAGGGUGUGGAUCCGGCGGAUUUGACGGCCUGGAGGUGGCCGUACUGA